AUGUCAAGUAAAUAUCAUCAGACCUCUCACUUGACUGCCCAAAAUCAGCUUAUACAAUGGAUAAACGAAGCAGGAAUGUCAGAAGGAACAAAAAAGUCAAAUUUGCUAAGAAAAAUUGUCGAAGUGAUGCUACAUCAGGCACCACAAACAGUACCACUUUAUAUGGAAAACAUCUUAAGUUUUGUCAGUGAUAAGUCCACAGAAGUGAGAAAACAGGUUGUGGCUUUUAUAGAAGAGUUAAGUAAAAAAUAUCCGGAAUAUCUGCCAAAAAUCAUUGGACAGUUACAGUUGUUGGUUAUAGACACAGUGAUAGCUGUACAGAAGCGUGCUAUACAAGCUGCCAGCAUAGUGUACCGAAAUGUUCUUAUAUGGUUGUGUAAAGGCAAAGCAGACCAUGCUGAAAUGCAGUAUGUUUGGGACCAUCUCACCAAAUUAAAGUUGCUGAUUUUGAAUAUGAUUGAUAGCGAAAAUGAGGGUAUUCGGACACAUUCAAUAAAGUUUUUGGAAGAAGUGGUAUUGUUGCAGAGCCCUAGCGAAGGCUCGGGUGAGGACUUCAGCCUCGAUAAUAUACCAACACAUUUGCCUUUCUUGAAAAGGCGCACGCUUGAAGAGGAAUCUGAACAUAUAUUCGAGCUUCUAAUAAAAUUCCACAACUCACAACACAUAUCCAGCGUUAACCUAAUGGCCUGUAUGACCACGCUAUGUCUUCUCGCAAAGGUCCGACCUAAGUACAUGCCGCGAGUCGUCCAAGCGUUAGGUGACUUGCACACUACAUUACCACCCACGUUGUCGCAAUCGCAAGUGAAUUCAGUGCGUAAACACUUGAAAAUGCUCUUAUUGAAUUUGAUAAAGCAUCCUUCCUCUAACGAUAUGCUGCCCCACCUGACGCAACUUCUCGCCGAUAUAGGCAUGACGGCUCAAGAGAUUAACAAGGCCAUACCGAAAGAAAGAAGGAACAAGCGCGUUAAUGAGAUAAAGAAUGACGAUACCCCGGCGAAAAGGCUUAGAGUCGAUUCACCACAAAGCAAUAGUCAAGGUAGUGACAGCAACAGUCGCAGUGACUUUGUAUACGAAGAUGAUUCAAGUCAACAGAGCGUGGUAGCAGUCACUAAGGCAACUGUGACCGAGGACUCAAUAUUCGAUGGGUUGAACAACGUUGAAAACGUCGUCAGCCUUGUAACGCACACUCUCGUUAACCACCUCCCGAUCAACAUACCGAGUGGUUUCUUCACAGCGUACAAACCUAUACCUAACUCGGGAAGUAAAGCACAGAAGAGGAAUUUGGCUAAAAUGUUGCUAGCUCUGAUCAAAGAUGAGCCAGCCCCGAUUCCACCACCAGUGCAACCUCAGCCUUCAUUGUCAGACCUUGCUGCGAAAAUACCGUUGUUAAGAGACGAUGAUGAAAAAAUAACCUUGAAAAACGCCGUAGCCAAGUUACAGGAGUCAACGAAAGCAGAGAAACAGAUAGAAAAUGCUGUGAGCAAGUUAAUGGAAGAGACUAGACAAGAGCAUUUGAAGGAAGAAGAACGAAAGGAGAAAGAGAAGGAGAAGUUAGUUCCACCGCCAACUCCAACUAUUCCUAAAUUAAAACAUAGAGUAAAGUUGUUGAAAUUGCAAGAACUUACCCGUCCUAUACCUAAAGAGAUAAAGGAGAAACUGAUGCUGCAGGCAGUGGAAAGGAUACUCAGGGCAGAACAGGACUGUGCGAUAGGAGGCGCCUCGCAGAUUCGCACGAAAUUUAUAACAAUCUUCGCCUCUAGUUACACAUCAGACAUCAGGGAUUUGGUUCUCAACUACAUUUUAGAAGAUCCCGUCAACAGAAUCGACUUAGCCUUGUCCUGGUUGUACGAAGAGUAUGCUAUCAUGCAAGGCUUCAAUCGACAUCCAGUGACGUUAAAGAGUUUUAAUGAGAAACACGAUCAGAACUACAACCAGCUCCUAUGUGCCUUGGUGACCCAGAUUUGCGAAAGAGGAGACCCCAGUUUAGAGAACAGCAAGGAUGUACUGAUGAGGAAAAUCUACUUAGAGUCUCCGGUCGUGACUGGAGAGGCGAUAGAUUACUUGAAGCAUUUGGUCACUGAAGAAAAAAUGGCGCUUUUGGCUCUUGAUUUGUUGGAGGAAUUGUGUAUCAUGAGACCACCUAGAGCGCAUAAAUACGUCCCGUCUUUGGUAGCUCAUGUGUUAAACGAAAAUGAAGAAAUCCGGGAUGUAGCUCUUAAAUCGACUGUCAAAAUCUACAAGCAGAGCACAGAAUCGGCCAAACGUGUGAUAGAGAAACACGCUCUCUUAUACCUGGGCUUCAUUUCACUGUCUAUGCCACCUCCAGAGUUGGUCAACAUGCGACAAGUCAGGGUUUGGACGGACGACCUCUAUAAACUCUGUUUGAAUCUGGUAAUGGCGUUGUUCCCGGAGAAAGAAGAGCUAAUAGUGGAAGUAGCCCGUGUGUACGGGUGCUCCGGUGCGGAAGCUAAGCGUUGCGUGCUUCGCUGUGCCGAAGGUCCUCUUAGAGCCGCGGCCGCAGCCCCGAUUCCCUCCAGUGAUGAGAACGAAGCUCCCCCAGGAGCUUUACGUCCCUCAUUCCAAGCACUGCUUGAUGAGUGUCCGAGAGGAGCCGAGACCUUGUUGACGCGUCUAGUUCAUAUACUUACCGAGAAAGCGCCCCCUAGCCACGAGCUGGUGUCUCGUGUCCGGGAGCUGUACGCUACGCGCGUUUCCGACGUGCGUUUCCUUAUUCCUGUCCUCAACGGACUUAGUAAGAAAGAGAUUCUAGCUGCCUUGCCGAAAUUAAUUAAACUGAAUCCUGUGGUUGUAAAAGAAGUUUUCAAUAAAUUGCUGGGACUACAAAAUCCUAAUGAGGAACACUCACCUGUCUCCCCAGAGGACCUGCUAGUGGAACUUCACCUUAUAGACCCGAGUAAAGCUGACCUCAAAUACAUCAUAAAGGCAACGGCGAUUUGCUUCGCCGAGAAGAACACCUACACACAAGAUGUAUUAUCAGCGGUUCUGCAGCGCUUGGCAGAGGAGCCUGACAUCCCGGUGCUGAUGAUGCGCAGCGUGUUGCAGGCCCUCACUCUGCAUCCUGGGCUGGCACCGCUCGCCCUCGAUAUACUGAGAUUGCUCAUUGACAAGGAGGUGUGGACGCACAAGGUGGCGUGGGAGGGCUGGGUGAAGUGCUGCGAGCGGCUGUGCGGCGCGGGCAUGGGAGCGGGAGGGGGCGCUGCGGUGGGUGGCGCGUGUGAGCGGGACGGCACGUGCGCGCUGCUGCGCUCGCUGCCGGUGCACGCGGCCGCCGCGCUGCCGCCGCACCUGCAGCAGCUCUGCUCGGACCCCCAGUUUCCACAACCUGCUAAUCCCUUGGAGCCGUUACCUCCAGGGAUGGAAUGA